AAAACGUUAACGGAUUAAUUGUGAAUCGUUGGAAAGUGUAUAAGGAAAAGAACAAAAAUAUAAAAAUAUGGCUUUUAUAAAAUUGUGCAUAUUCGCCAUGGUCAUAGGUUGCACCUUAGCCCAGCGUCCUGGUUUCAAAAUCGGUGCCGGCCAUCCAAAAUCGCAACGCCAUUUACCCAAGCGACCCACAGAUCCUCCACCAAGCAAAGAAGAAUAUGUACCCACCGAACAGUGUCCCCAGUCAGAUGGUUUCUUUCCCGAUGGCGAGCAAUGUGACAAAUAUUAUGCUUGUUCUGAUGGCGUAGCAACGGAGCGUUUAUGCGCCGACGGCAUGGUGUUCAACGACUACAGCCCCCUUGAAGAGAAAUGUGAUUUGCCCUACAACAUUGAUUGUACCAAGCGUUCCAAAUUGCAAACCCCUCAACCCUCCCAACAUUGUCCCCGCAAAAACGGCUACUUCGGCCACGAGAAGCCAGGCAUAUGUGAUAAAUUUUAUUAUUGCGUCGAUGGUCAAUUCAAUAUGAUCACCUGCCCCGCUGGUUUGGUAUUCAAUCCCAAAACUGGCAUUUGCACCUGGCCCGAUGAGGUGGGCGUAAGUGGCUGCAAGUCUGAGGAUAUUUUUGAAUUCGAAUGCCCUGCCGUAAAUGAGACUAUCGCUGUGACACAUCCCCGUUAUGCUGAUCCUGAUGAUUGUCAAUUCUUCUAUGUAUGUGUUAACGGAGAUACACCACGUCGCAAUGGUUGCAAAUUGGGACAGGUAUUCGAUGAUGCCAAGAAACAUUGUGAAUGGUCACGCUUGGUGCCCGAAUGUGCCGAUUGGUACAAGGACCGUUUGACUGAUGCUGAAUUGGAAGAAUUGGAAAAUCCCAAACCCAAAAAGGAAAAGAAACCCCAACGUACCCGUGGCCAAUCAAGGCGUAAACCUGCCCGCCAAGAAGAGCAAGAGGAGGAUGAUGAAUAAGAGCUUGACACAUUGUAGCUUUUAACAAACAAAAACUCUUAGCUUUAAGAUUUGCUAAUAAAAAAAAGAGAAUAAUAUUUUAAAAAUCUAAGCAACAAAAAAGAAAAAGAGAAAAAAAUAAAAUGAUUGAAAAUCGGAUUAAAAAAACCAAAAUAAAGGAAAAAUAAACUGAAAAUUAAACGAUUUAAGAUAUCAAUCAAUUACUUACCCAUUACCGAACGAAGUAAAUUGUUCCUAAAGCUUUAA